CAACCCAGUUCUGCUCUCUGGUCUCUGGUCUCUGUGACUGAAGGACGUUACCGAUGGUACUGUCGGGUAGUUUUAUGGUUCACUUCGGGAGUGUCGGGUCCUCUUUCGCUCUGUGGACUCUGAUUGUGUGUCUGAGUUCAGCAGUGUGGACCUCCAGUGAAGGUCAGCCUCGUGUGGUCGGGUCUCUUCAGCCAAUCGUUGCCUUUCUGGGCAAUGACGUCAUCCUGCCGUGCCGCCUGCAGCCUUCGUUAAACCUGGAGGGGCUGACGGUGGAGUGGUCGAAGCCCGACCUGAAGCCCGACCCCUCAGAUCGGCUCAGUCGGGUCGACUAUGUGCACCUUUACAGGGACCGUCGGGAAGACACGGACAUGAAGCUCCAGUCGUACGUCGGGAGGACGGAGCUCUCCAAGGACGGCCUGAAGAGCGGAGACAUCUCGCUCAAGAUCCUGAACGUGACGCUGGAGGACGGAGGGAGAUACAGAUGUUUCAUCCCGAAGUUAAAGGGCCCAGUGAAGGAAUCAGUUGUUACACUUGUUGUAGAACCAAACUCUGUUCAAACGACGACAGAGACACCGCCGGAUGACAGAGAUCUCCAAACUCCAGAUCCAAACAAUGAGACGAACGUUAGAGCUGGUCGUUCCCAUCUGGGCACUCUGAUCGUUGUGGUUGUCUGCGUCUUACUGGUCCUGGGUGGUGGAGUCGGUGGAUAUUUACUUAAACACAAGAAACAACAGAAAGUUCUGGAGUAUGACGUAGCCUGAAACAAACCAUCUCCAGUCUAGGUGCCUUGCUCAAGGGUGUAUUGGUCCUUGAUGUUAAUGGAGGUGAGAGUGUUUCCUGCUCUUGGAUCUGUCUCAUCAGUUCAGGGAUUCAAACCAGCAGCAGGUCCAGCUGCAAGUGAACCAGCUGGAUCAGCAGCAGUGAGACCUUCAGAUCUUGGAUCCUGGAGGAAGUCGACUUGCCUCUUGUGGACUUUCGUGAUCAGCAGCAGCACUUUGGACUCUUUUCUAUUAACAGGAAGACGUUGAACGUCAUUUCAGCACUAUUUUAAAUCAUAGGUCAAAUUUUGCACCUUCACUCAUUUUCAGUUCUUUGAGUGAACAACCAGAGACACUACUUCACACUACUACCUCAAAGGCACUUGUGAUGGAUGAAAGUUCGUCCGUCUCAGUGUUACUAAACUGUAGUAGACUACAGGUCAGGGUUCAUUUUGUGUCGAUUUUGUGUUACAAACUAGCAACUCUAAACAAGUUAAAUGCUCUGUAACAGUAAAACACUGUGAUAUCUCAUGGCAAACCUUUAUUUAUACAGCAUAUAAAGGAAUUUAUAUGGAAUAAAGUCUUUUUUUAUGUUACAGACUAAGUUGCACAGAAAACCAGCAUCAUAAUAUUCAUGUACUGUAAAAUUGUUUCUUUUGAUGAAUUGUAUUUAUACGGUAAAAUAUGGAUUAAAACUGGACAGGACUAAUAUCCUUUUACUGUAACAGUAAAACAAAUAGAAAACUAAUAGAACAAGUUCUACCGCAUUGAUUACGGUCCAGUUCUGUCCACCACAGCUGCCACUUUUUUUUUACCAUAAUAAUAAUAUACCUGUGUGUCUAUAUAUGUAUUUUACAGUGCAUUAAAAAGCUCCUCUGUCUAAACUGCAGUUCAAAGUCGGCACACAUCCUAGAAAAUACACCAAAUAAUGACUGUGUACAGCUG